AUGCAGUGUGGACCGGCCGGGCGCUGACGGCGGCGUCUGCGGGCGGCGGGCGGGCGGAGCGGCCGGGGAGCGGAGGGCGGGCCGGGCGGCGCCUGCGGAGACGAGAGAGGCCGGGCUGCGGAGCGCGGCGGGACUUCCUGCGGGCGGCGGCGGCGCAGGGCCAUGGCCGAGGCGGCCGCGGCUCCGAUUUCCCCGUGGACCAUGGCCGCCACGAUCCAGGCCAUGGAGAGGAAGAUCGAAUCACAGGCCGCCCGGCUGCUCAGCCUGGAGGGCCGCACGGGCAUGGCGGAGAAGAAGCUGGCCGACUGCGAGAAGACGGCCGUGGACCUGGGGCAGCAGCUGGAGGGCAAGUGGGCCGUGCUGGGCACCCUGCUGCAGGAGUACGGGCUGCUGCAGCGGCGCCUGGAGAACAUGGAGAACCUGCUCCGCAACAGGAACUUCUGGGUCCUGCGGCUGCCCCCCGGCAGCAAGGGCGAGGCCCCCAAGGUGCCCGUGACCUUCGAUGACGUGGCCGUGUAUUUCUCCGAGCAGGAGUGGGGCAAACUGGACGAGGGGCAGAAGGAGCUGUACAAGCACGUGAUGCGCGGCAACUACGAGACGCUGGUGUCCCUGGACUACGCCAUCUCCAAGCCUGAGGUCCUGUCCCAAAUUGAGCAGGGCAAGGAGCCUUGUAGCUGGCGUCGCCCCGGCCCCAAAGUUCCAGACGUUCCUGUGGACCCGAGUCCAGGCCCUUCUGCUGCCUGUCCCGGGCUCACACACUGUCUCCCCACUCCAACCCCAGGCUCGGGGCCCCCCGUGCCCGCCCCCGACCUCCUGAUGCAGAUCAAGCAGGAGGGCGAGUUACAGCUGCAGGAGCAGCAGGCCCUGGGCGUGGAGGCCUGGGCCGCGGCUGGGCAGCCCGACGUCGGGGAGGAGCCUUGGGGCCUCGGCCAGCUGGACGCGGGGGCGGCCGACGUCUCCACCGACGCCGCCCCUGGCGUCCACUCCAGCUUCUCGACCACCAUCCCGCCCACCUCCUGGCAGGCCGACCUGCCCCCCCACCACCCGUCCUCAGCGUGCUCUGACGGGGCAUUGAAGCUCAGCACAGCUGCUACUUCAACAGAAGCAGAUGUAAAAAUCGUGAUCAAAACCGAAGUGCAGGAGGAGGAGGUGGUGGCCACGCCGGUACACCCCACAGACCUGGAAGCCCACGGGACCCUGUUCGGGCCCGGCCAGCCCGCGAGGUUCUUUCCCAGCCCGGUCCAGGAGGGCGCCUGGGACAGCGCGGCCGGCUCGUUCCCCGCCCAGGACCCUGUGCUGGGGCUCCGGGAGCCGGCCCGGCCCGAGAGGGACAUGGGGGAGCUGAGCCCCGCCGUGGCCCAGGAGGAGACCCCGCCGGGAGACUGGCUCUUUGGGGGGGUCCGCUGGGGCUGGAACUUCCGCUGCAAACCCCCGGUGGGCCUGAACCCCAGGACUGGGCCGGAAGGGCUGCCCUACCCCGCGGCUGACAGCGGAGAGGCGGUGCUGGACCCCAGCCAGGCCGCGGGGGCCAGGCCCUUCCACGACCCCUGCAAGUACCCAGGAAGGACCAAGGGCUUCGGCCACAAGCCGGGCCUGAAGAAGCACCAGGCCGCGCCCCCCGGGGGCCGACCGUUCGGCUGCCCCACCUGCGGGAAGAGCUUCCAGCUGCAGGUGAGCCUGAGCGCGCACCAGCGCACCUGCGGGGGAGGCGGCAGCGCGGGCGCCGACGGGGCGGCGGGGGCGGCAGGUGCGGCGGGGGCGGCGGCAGGGGCGGCCCCCGGGGGCGGCGGAGCUGCCCGGGAUGGCAGCGCCCUGCGCUGCGGAGAAUGCGGGCGCUGCUUCACCAGGCCCGCGCACCUGAUCCGUCACCGCAUGCUGCACACCGGUGAGCGGCCCUUCCCCUGCACCGAAUGCGAGAAGCGCUUCACCGAGCGCUCCAAGCUCAUCGACCACUACCGGACGCACACGGGCGUGCGGCCCUUCACCUGCACCGUCUGCGGCAAGAGCUUCAUCCGCAAAGACCACCUGCGCAAGCACCAGCGCAACCACGCAGCGGGCGCCAAGGGCGGGCCCCGCGCCCCGCCACCCCCGCCGCCGCUGCCCCCUGCGCCCCCCGACCCUUUCAAGGCCCCGGCCGCCGCCAAGGCACCCUUGGCCGCCACGGACCUGGUCACCGACUGGACUUGCGGCCUGGGAGUGCUGGCACCCACCGACAGCGGCGGGGAGCUGUGAGCCGGCCACCCAAACCCCUGCAUGGCUGGGAGGGCUGCCGUUGGUCCCUACCCAGGUGAGGGCAAAAGUCGGGGACCCUGUGGCCGGCAGUGGCCAGUGGAAGGACGGCCACCCUCCCAGCAACCAGGCACACAGGUGGUGGCUUGGCUGAUUGUGAAACUGAGCACCUAGACUUUUAAGUAAUUUAAUGAUGGGGUUUUUUUGGUUUUUGUUUUGGGGUUUUUUGUUUGUUUUUUUUUUUUUUUGGUUUUUGUUUGUUUUUAGCCUGGGGGGGGAGCUGGAAAAGAAUAAGUAGCAGUUGAAACUUUAGAGCAGAGUUUUGUUUUUGUUUUUUGGUGGUGGGGGGAGGUUUGGUUUCUCAGCAUGUUUCUUGGCUGUGACACCCCUCCCCCCAACUAUGCCCUGUGUGCCCCCUUCCCUCAAAAGAGGCCCCCCAGGAGUGGGAGGGGGAGAGCUGGGGGCCCCAGCCUCACCUCAGCAGGGACAGACUGUCCAAAGGCAACUGGUUCCAUUACUGAGGUCACCACCCCACCCCCACAGUGCUGCGCCAGCCUCCCCACCCCCCAUCCGCAGCUCCUGUCAGGGCGUCCUUCUGACUCUGGUAAAAAGAGAGCCCCUGAGAACAGUGUCGGGGUGCACAGGGCUGACUGGACGGUGGCCCCUGCUGCAUGGCAGGCCACAGAGCAGGGAGCCCCACCUGGCCUAGGAGCCCCCCACCCCCAGCCAGCUGCUGGGGGUCCUUCUCACUGUGCCGUGUUCUAUGCCCCUGUGCAGUGUUCAGGCCCAACUUUGUUUCUGGUUAGAAAGAAAUGACUCAUGGGGCCUACACCCCAGCCUCCAGGAGCAGCUGGAAGAGGUGUGGGGAGCUACCUGGCGGCAAGAUGCAGCCAGCCCUGCCCCCCCAAAAAAUCAGUUUGGGCAGAGGACAGCUUUUCCUUUCCUGUCCUCUUAGGAUUAUCCAGCCUCCCUGGAGUGGUGGCCCCCUCCCUUAGGGGUCAGGUCUGAGAGGCUGGGUGAAGGCCCCUGAUUCCACACAGACCCCUGGAUCUCAUUCUGUUGGUUCAGCCAGAGUUGUGUCCCCCAGAUUGGUGGCUGGUGUCCCCUGCUGAGAGGAUGGCCCUGGCCCCACCCUUCCUGCCCACCCCACCACCACCACCAUCACCACCCACCCACCCACCCCCCCCCCCCCCCGUGUACUUUUCUUAGGCAAUAGACUAGUUAAGAAGAUUGUUUCUAUGUACUGUAUAUUUUGUACCUGUUUACACUUCUAAUAUUGAUAUAACUGAUAUUUUGGAAAAAAAAAAAAAGAGAGAAAAAAAAAACAGAA